AUGGAGAAUCACAACAUUCUUAGUUGGAAUGUUAGAGGUAUUAAUAAGGGGGAGAAACAGAAAUUUCUGAGCUCCUUUUGUUUUGUUAAUAAGAUUGGUCUAGGUGCCUUGUUGGAGACCAAACUUUGGGGUGAUAAGAUUAAGAAGAUGAUGCAUUCUUUUUUCAGUGGCUGGGAGUUUUUUUCUGGUCCAGUUUCUGAAGGAAGAAUAUUGCUUGUUUGGCAGCAAAACUUAGUGUAUGUAGAUGUUCUGAAGGAAACAGACCAAUUACUUCAUGUUUAUGUCAGGAGUAUAAAGACUAAUAAAUUGUUUUGUGUGACGUUUGUUUAUGGUAGAAAUUCUAUUGAGGAAAGAGUGGCCCUUUGGAGAGAUUUGACUAAUCUGAGUUUUCUAGCUGCUGUGUGGCUGCUAACUAGAGAUUUUAAUGCUGCUUUUGAGAGUGUGGACAGAGUGGGUGGUCGUGCGAUUUCAUCUCUUGAAUUAGCUGAUGCUCAAAAUUGGAGGGCCUUGGGGUUAGUUGACGAAUUACAAGCUAGAGGGUCUCAUUUUACUUGGACGAAUAAACAUAUGAAUGAAGACAUAAUAUUCUCGAGAUUGGAUAGAGUUUUCAAGAAUGAAGAUUGGUUGGACAUUUUCCCUCAUUCUGAGGCUGUUUUCAACUGGGAACUUCACUCUGGCCAUUGCUAUUGUAUUAUUAAACUAGAAAUUUCUGUCAACUGUGGUGUUAAGCUUUUCAGGUUCUUCAAUAUGUGGACUAAACAUGAUCAGUUUAAAUCUACUGUUAUGCAGAGCUGGUGUAGGCCAAUGCGAGGGACUGGGCUGGUUCGCAUAUGUAAGAAACUUAGCAGACUUCAGUUGGUGCUCAGGAGAUUUAAUAGGCAUAUUGUGGGGGAUGUUGCCCAGAAUUAUUCAGUGGCAAAGGAGAAGUUUCAAGCUGCCCAGCUAUCCUUGCAGAGUAACCCUCACUCGAUUAGACUUCAAAAUAUCGAAGCUGCAGCUGGGGAUUCGCUAGAAUACCAUGCAAAAAUUUAUGAGAGUAUUCUGAGACAGAAAAGUAAAGUGGACUGGCUGCGAUUUGGUGAUGACAACACGCUUAUUUUCACACGUGUUUAA